GAGCGCGCGCGCGGCGAUUGGUUCCGGGCCAGAGUGGGUGGGGCGCAGAGGUCCGGCCUAUAAAGUGUCCGCGGCGCCCUGGGCUGGCUUGCGUCGUUUUCUUCUGCAGCGUCUGUGGUUUCCUCGACAGUCUUUGGAACCCUGAUCCAGGCGUGGCCUCGCGAGUGAUGGCGAUGAAGGCAGUGUGCGUGUUGAAGGGCGACGGCCCGGUGCAGGGCACCAUCAACUUCGAGCAGAAGGAAAGUAAUGGACCAGUUAAGGUGUGGGGAAGCAUUACAGGAUUGGCUGAAGGCCUGCAUGGAUUCCAUGUUCAUCAGUUUGGAGAUAAUACACAAGGCUGUACCAGUGCAGGUCCUCACUUUAAUCCUCUCUCCAGAAAACAUGGUGGGCCAGAGGAUGAAGAGAGGCAUGUUGGAGACCUGGGCAAUGUGACUGCUGGUAAAGAUGGUGUGGCCAAAGUGUCAAUUGAAGACUCUGUGAUCUCACUCUCAGGAGACCAUUCCAUCAUUGGCCGCACGUUGGUGGUCCAUGAAAAAGCAGAUGACUUGGGCAAAGGUGGAAAUGAAGAAAGUACAAAGACAGGAAACGCUGGAAGUCGUUUGGCUUGUGGUGUCAUUGGGAUCGCCCAGUAAACAUUCCCCUGGAUGUAGUCUGAGUCCCGUUAACUCAUCUGUUAUCCUGCUAGCUGUAGAAAUGUAACUUGACAUUAAACACUGUAAUCUUAAAAGCAUAAUUGUGUGAUUUUUUUAAAAAAGCUGCUUUAAAGUACCUGUAAUGAGAAACUGGUUUAUGAUCACUUGGAAGAUUUGUAUAGUUUUAUAAACCUCAAAUUAAAAUGUUUCAGUGGCCUGUA